GUUCAGAGGCAGGGUGACAGCUGAACGGGUCGCAAAGGUACAGCAGCGCAGUCCGUAACGUUAACAACAAUCAUCAGUAAUUCCCGGUGUCAAGAGAAGCGCCGACAGCUUUCACCGUGAGACGCGUUUGUGUACCGACAACCGGAAGUGAUUGAGUUUAUCACAGGACGGUAACCGUGCGGAUAUUUUUUGUUCUUCUUCUACAAGAGAGAAAAAGAUCCGUGUUCGGAUGUGCCAGCAGUGUUGGCUUUUUCGCAUGGCGUAGGCACCUUUUCUAAAGCAGGGUACUCUUGAUGUGUGGAGGGUCGGAAGAGGCCCUCGGGUCCACAGCUCAUCCCGCUAUCAUUAACGACACCUCCGAAUCUCCCAAUUUGUGUGGAAAAUGAUCAACGACAUGAUUGUGCAAUAGAGAGGAAGCAGCGUCGUUAACACGUCUCGACUACCUCAGUGUUGUGACUGUGGAGAGCAAGACACCGGGAAAUACAUUGUGCUUUUUUGUUUCCGGCUUUAAAACCCCAACAACGACGUGUGUGUGAGCUCUCACAGGGGAGACGAAAAGAGGGGAUAUCUGUGUCCUUGUCUUGUGUUGUGAGUGUGUGUGAACCCCUCCGAGGACCGGGAGAACCUUCACGAUGACGGGCAGCACCCCAGCAGACAUGAUAAACCUGCGGCUUAUUUUAGUCAGUGGGAAGACGAAAGAGUUCCUCUUCUCUCCGAACGACUCUGCAGCGGACAUCGCCAAACAUGUUUAUGACAACUGGCCGAUGGACUGGGAGGAAGAGCAGGUCAGCAGUCCUAACAUCCUGAGGCUGAUCUACCAGGGCCGGUUUCUACACGGCAACGUAACACUAGGAGCUCUCAAACUGCCCUUGGGGAAGACCACAGUGAUGCAUUUAGUUGCCAGAGAGACUUUGCCUGAGCCAAAUUCCCAAGGUCAGAGGAAUAGAGAGAAGACUGGGGAGAGUAACUGCUGUGUCAUUCUGUAAAUACACACCACCGCCGCCGGCCCUCCAUCCUUCUCAUCCGUUCUCGCCCUCAACAUCCUGGACCUAAUGAGCUUGUCCCCUGUCCUGGAGCCUGUCCACAAUGCGGAUAUGCAUACAGACGAACACACACAAACACACACUUCUUCUUUUUCUUUUUUGUUCCCUCUCUCACACAUACAGAAAGACAGCAGGCUCAGGCUGAUCCAGGACACAGAGCUGGGAGCAGGAAAUUGAUUAACGAUAGAUUUGAUUCCUUUGUUGUACUUGAUUUGUUGUCAUAACUGAAAAUUAGUGGAAAGAACUGGAUGUGCAUGUUUUUUUCUUUUUUUCUUAAUGCACACUUUUUUAAGCCUUCUGACACACACACACACACCCACACACACACACACACAUACAAAUACAAGAGACGUACACACCUUGUCCAGCCAUCCUCAGCUGGUCUGUUUAAAGUCCAUUUCUAACUGGCUCCUCAUUCUAGCUGGUUGUCAUAGUAAUGCAGUGCCCAAGUUUGUGUGUGUGGCCUUGUUUUCUCAUACAGACCGCUGAGAAUUUUAACCACUAACAACACGCCAACAUACCAACACACACAUACACACACACGCUAUGACAUCCUGUCUACACAUCCAACCAUAUGUGCUUGUGUGAUCUCCCUCGGUGCAGCGGAGAAGCUUAGAUGUGCCUGAUCAGAGAACUCAAACCAGGACACACACACACAUACACACACCUGUGUCCUUUCUACUGCCCUUCUCUGCAUGUGCCCUUAAAGGUCACAGGAGAGAAAUGAUUCCCGUUUUGUCUGCGGAGCGCUGUAGAGACCGAACACGUCCUACUCUUUCAGUCGUCACAUUCUUAGCCAAACAAAGCCUAACAAACAAACAAAUAGACAAACAACCAGAGUUGGUGGUUUUGUUUUGGUUAUUUGUUUGUCCAUGACAUUUGUGACUGUGUUUUGACAGUCCAUGCGUAUUACUGACCGACCAGUGUUGUGAUUAAAAAAAAGAAAAACGUCAUGUCAGUUUUCCUCCCUCCCUGAUGCACCAUCCCUCCCUCUCUCCGAGGAAAGGCUCGUCGUGCUCCUGUUUUUUAAGUGUUGUGAAGGAUCUCUGACAAAUGGCUGUCCAAGCAGGGAAAUUAACUCGGAAUGAAAAUGUUCCUUAUUUGUCUUAAUUUGCUUCUUACUCUCCUUAAUUCUCUCUCUGCAUUAAUAAGUCCAUUUUGCACAACUGAAGCAUGUGCUCCUUCAUCAGAUUAUUAAUAAAAAUGUAUAAAAAGUUCUAUUGUUUUAUUUUAUAUUUUUCCAAUGGAAGUAAUGUUCCAACUAAGGUAACGUGUAGAAUAUAUUUAAUAUGAAUCUUAUAUAGAACAUGCUGACUCUAGAUCUUGUUGAUAUACAGUAUAUUGGUGUUUAGUCUAUGAUUGUGUAUACGGUUAGCUUCUAGCCAGUUCACAGUCACUCGCUGACAAUGUCUUGUGCUUAACAGCAGCAAAACCUCCCUAAUCAUCGACAGACUGUAUUUUUAUUUUCUUUCUUCUGUGCUUUUAUUAUUUUUUUCAUUUGUUUAUAAUUUGUUGUUUAUUAAUUUCUUUGUGGUUUUUUGCUUUAAAAGAAUCGCUUUGUAACAGCACUAGGUCUUAAAAAAAAUAUUGUUUAUAUUGAUCAGGGUUCAAAUCUGUACAGAGAUAAACGUUUUCAAACCAAUUGUAAAUAGCACUAAUGCUCCCUCUCCCCCCUCCAAACUUCAAAAUGGAAUACAUCUGUAAACUAAAUAAAGGUUAUUGAAGUGCA